AGCAGGGAGAGAAGCAGAGAGAGAAAGAGAGUAAAAAUGGAGAGAGAGAAGGAAAUGAAGCAAUCCAAGUUUAAAAGGAUUUGUGUGUUUUGUGGAAGUAGUCAAGGAAAGAAGAGUAGCUACCAAGAUGCUGCUAUAGAGCUUGGGAGUGAAUUGGUGACAAGGAACAUUGAUCUGGUUUAUGGAGGUGGAAGCAUAGGCUUGAUGGGUUUAGUUUCACAAGCUGUCUAUAAUGGUGGUCGGCAUGUACUCGGAGUUAUUCCCAAGACACUCAUGCCACGAGAGAUUACUGGUGAAACUGUAGGGGAAGUGAAGGCAGUGGCAGAUAUGCAUCAAAGGAAGGCAGAGAUGGCUAGGCAGUCAGAUGCCUUUAUUGCCUUACCUGGUGGUUAUGGGACUCUUGAAGAGCUACUUGAAGUGAUAACAUGGGCUCAACUAGGCAUACAUGAUAAGCCAGUGGGAUUGUUGAAUGUGGAUGGAUACUAUAAUUCGUUGCUGUCGUUCAUUGACAAAGCUGUAGAGGAAGGCUUUAUUAGUCCAAAUGCAAGGCAUAUCAUUGUAUCUGCCCCUACAGCAAAGGAAUUGGUGAAGAAAAUGGAGGAGUACUUUCCCCGCCAUGAACGAGUUGCUUCACAGUUGAGCUGGGAGACUGAACAACAAUAGAUUGGACGGGUGAGAUUAGAGGACUUGGCAAUGGGAGAGACUAAUUCUGAAGACCAAAAUUUUCUACUUUAGGGGAAUUUUUUUUGUAAAGUUUUCACAAAUGACUUAAUAUAUGUUGCUUCCCUUUUAUUGGAAAUAUUUGUUUUC